CUCUGUUCCUUCCUCUCUCUCUGUUCCUUCCCCUCUCGCCCUCCCGUCCGCCGAUCACCAGAGCGCUGGCCGCCUUCCCCUUUUCAGCGUCCCCGCCUCACACGCUCUCAUUGGCUCCGCGCUGAGCGCCUCCCGAGUGAGAGGUCAGGGGUGGCGGGUUCCCUCAGCAACGCCGGGCGAGCGGGCGGCGGCGUCGACACCGGCACCGUGUGAGAGCAGCGUGUGGGACGGCCCUGGUGACUCCAGCUGCCCGAGGCCAGCUUCUUGUCAUCUGCACUGGCACGCCGAGGUACAGCUUUAUCAAGUGAUUAUGGAACUGCUGUGUGUGUUGGAACCAGAGGAAAGUCCCCAUACAGCAACAUGGUACGCUUUUGUGCCCAGUGGAGAGAGUCCAGAUGUUCGUGUCGGCCACACUCUCACAUAUAUUCCAGAUAAAUCGGGAAAAGGGAAGGUCAUUAUAGUUGGAGGAGCAAAUCCUAACGGAAGCUACUCUGAUGCCUACGUCUUAGAACUGGACAGACAUGAAUGGGAUGCGCCAAAGUGGAAGGGAUUACUGCCUCGCUAUGAGCACGCCAGCUUUGUUCCAGUCACUACACCCACUGGGCUAUGGCUCUUUGGUGGAGCAGAUGAAUGUGGCAACAGAAACUGUAUCCAAGUUUUGAACUUCGAAACUGGAGAAUGGAGAAGUCCAAUCACAAAUGGGACGCCACCCUCACCUCGAACAUGUCACGGUUCUACUGCAGCUGUUGGAAAUUGCCUCUAUGUUUUUGGUGGAGGAGACAAGGGAGCGGAGCCCGUACAAGAUCCACAACUCCAUGCAUUUGAUAAAGCUACACUUCGCUGGUCCCAAAAAUCAACAGAAGGAAAACCACCAGCCCCAAGGCACGGCCAUGUGAUGGUUGCUGUUGGUAGCAAGCUAUUCAUUCAUGGAGGACUAGCAGGAGACCGUUUUUUUAAUGAUAUGUAUACCAUUGAUACAGCUGCCGUUAAUAUGAUGUGGGAAAAAAUAAACAUGAAGGGUGAUAUCCCAGAUGGACGUGCAGCUCAUUCUGCAGUUUCCCAUGAAAAGUAUGUUUUCAUCUUUGGUGGUUUGGAUGCUACUGGAGCACUGAACACCAUGUACAAGUAUCAUAUCGAGACACAGUGCUGGACCUUAUUAGAAUUUGACUCUUCUCUACCUACAAAAAGAUUGGAUCAUGCCAUGUGCAUUAUACCCUGGAAAAUAAGGAAAGCAGAAACAGAUACUCCAGGAACAAAUGAGAAACUACCAGCUGAAGAAAACGAGGAAUGUACCAGUGGUAACAACCUACAUCCCACCUCUAUGAAUUGCUCAGCAAUUCAAAGUCAGACAAAGAGCAUUGUGCACCUGUGCUUGGUAUUUGGUGGUAUGGACACUCAAGGUGAAAUUUUCAAUGACUGCUUUGUAACUCUUCUCAAGGGCUGCUAACAGCAUAUUUUUCAGUUGUCCAACUUGUCUUGUAUCCUCUUCCCAUCCUUGUGUUCUGCAGCAGUCUUGUAAACAAACUGCUUGAGGGGGAGGGGGGGAGAAAGGGAGUGGACUGACAUUUCAGGUCAGGGUGUUUUGAGUAUAUCCACUCCUUCCAUAGAUUUUGCUUGACCCCUAGUCACUGCAGCACUUGUUUUUUUUCUCAAAAUUCCUGCAUCUGCAGUGGCUCCUUGGAGCCAGAAUUCAACUUGUCAAUUGCAGUGAGAACACAUGGUAAUGCGCCAACAUCAUUUGGCUAUUUUGCUGUCACAAUGUAUUAUAGACCAGAUCACCCAUCGCCUUAUGACCCUCUAAAAGUUUUGUUUUUUUUUCAAAUCAUGUUUUGUAACAUUUAUAGCAAUAAAACUUCCUGAUGAACCCUUCCUAGUCACUGUCAGAUGGCCGAAAGUAUAAUCUAAAUCUACCUGCUUUAAUUUGGCAUCAAAUUCUGAUGAAUGUACUGCUCAAACUAACAUAAGAAAUUAACUCAUUUAAAUGAUAAAUGCAGUAAUGUACUGCCUGUUAAUCUGUAUCAUAAAUAAUUUGAUCAUAGUGGUUCUGGUAGUGCAAAAUGCAAUUGGUCAUAUCAGGGCAACCAAAUGAUUGGAGUUGGGCAUUAGGCAGAAGACUGCAUUUAAUGUACAAGUGAUUUUUAAAAAUGGAAAAUUUACCAUUAUCUAUUCUUCCCAUUUUGCAUUUAGUGGAAUAGCUGCAAUAAGACUACCUUACAGACCAUACAAUUACCUAAUUUCAUCAUAUAACCUGGAUGUGUUUGUAACUGAAUUAAAGACACAGCAUAGAAA